AUGUCAGAAGAACCCAAAGUCGCCCUCAUCACCGGAAUUACCGGACAAGAUGGAUCCUAUCUUGCCGAGUUUUUGUUGGAGAAGGGAUACACUGUCCAUGGAAUUGUCCGUCGUUCCUCUUGCUUCAACACUGGCCGUAUCGACCACAUCUACCGUGACCGCCACGAGACUGGAGUCAAGCUGUUCCUUCACUAUGGUGAUUUGUGCGAUGCCACAAAUCUGGUAGGAAUCAUCAACAAAACCGAACCUACUGAAAUCUACAACUUGGGUGCCAUGAGUCACGUCAAGGUUUCCUUUGACAUGCCCGAGUACACGGCCGAUUGUGACGGUGUCGGUGUCCUUCGUAUUUUGGAUGCCAUUCGCACGGCCGGUCUGGAAAAGAAAAUCAGAUUCUACCAAGCGAGUACGAGUGAAUUGUACGGAAAGGUUCAAGAGGUUCCCCAGAGUGAAACCACUCCCUUUUACCCUCGUUCUCCUUACGCGGUUGCCAAGCAGUAUGCGUACUGGAUUUUGGUCAACUACCGUGAGGCUUACGGCAUGCACUUGACCAAUGGAAUUUUGUUCAACCACGAGUCUCCUCGUCGUGGACGAACCUUUGUCACUCGAAAAAUUAGUGUGGCUGUCGCGCGCAUCAAGGAAGGACUCGACAAGACCCUCUACCUUGGAAACUUGGAUUCCAAGCGUGAUUGGGGACAUGCCCGCGAUUACAUUGAAGGAAUGUGGAUGAUGCUUCAACAAGACGAACCCGAUGACUACGUGCUGGCCACUGGAGAAACUCACACGGUCCGAGAAUUUGUCGAAAAGGCAUUCAAGUGUGUCGAUAUUGAAGUCGUCUGGAAGGGAGAGACUGGAACUGUUAAUGAAAUUGGUGUCGAUGCCACGGAUCCAAACCGAGUCUUGGUCAAGAUUGAUCCUCAGUAUUUCCGUCCCACCGAAGUCGACCUUUUGAUCGGUGACCCUAAAAAGGCCGCAGAAAAGAUUGGCUGGACAGCAACAACCACCUUUGAAGGUCUGGUCAAGGAGAUGGUUGCCGCUGACUGGGAGAUGGUACGCACUGCUCCCCGAUAG